AGAGCUUUGCUGUCAAACUACCGGCUGUGUUCACACUAAGAAGUUCGCUCUGUACCGAUCCGGGCAAUGCUGAAACUAUCCGCCGACUUGGUUUUCCCUUCGCCGUAUAUGAUCAGGCCCCCAGUUUCAGUCGCCAUCCCGCAAGGACGUCGCUUUUCGUCAUUUCUGCGUGCGUGAUACUCUCUGCUAUAUUAUGGAGAAAAUUUGCAACGAGAAGGUCGAACUUGCCCUAUCCGCCAGGGCCACCCGCGGAUCCUUUUAUCGGACAUCUCAGGAUUAUGCCACCACCCAACACCGCUCACCAGAUCUUUUACGACUGGUCUCGACGUUAUGGCGAUGUCAUGUAUUUGGAAGUCAUUGGCAAGCCUAUUGUAGUUCUCAGCAGUGAAGACGCCGCCUCCGAUCUUCUCGAUAAGCGCAGCUCAAUCUACAGCGACCGGUCAUCGUUCCCUUUGCAAGAGAGACUGGGCUGGAAAGACUGGUUAGGCCUUAUGCCAUAUGGCUCAUCCUUCCGAAAAGCACGCAAGACGAUUCAGCUCUUCCUCGAAAAGAACAAGAUGCCCGAAUGCAAGCCCAUUAUUCAAGGCCGUGCAUUCGCUAUUUUUCUGAAGGAGCUGCUGCAAGACCCCACAUAUAUGGAACAGCUGGUGCAUUGCUACUCUUCUACCAUUAUAAUGGACAUCACCUAUGGAUACCAUAUAAGAUCAAAUGACGAUGCCGUUUUCCGCGAUGUACUGCGAUUGUUUCCCAUAUUCGAACGCAGCGCUCAGCCGUCGUUACUGGAUAUCUCUCCUCUCUUUGGCAAGCUACCUGCAUGGUUUCCAGGAGCAUGGUUCAAGAGAUUCGUCAAAGACCCAGUCUACAUCGUGCGGAAAGAAAUGGUUUGCUUCAGUAUCAUUUCACACUUAGUCUCCAUUGUAACAUGCGGGACGGAGACGACUUGGCACACAGUCACUCUCUUCUUUGCAUGUAUGCUCCUCAAUCCCGAAGCGCAGCGCAAAGGCCAAGAGGAAAUUGACAGUAUCGUUGGGAACGGUAGACUCCCUGAUUUCACUGAUCGCGACUCAUUACCAUAUGUCGAGUGCAUCGUACAGGAGACGAUGAGGUGGCACCCCAUUGCACCUCUCGGCGUCCCGCACAGGGUGCAGGUCGAUGACACGUAUCGCGGCAUGUUCAUGCCUGGGGAUGCAACAAUUAUAUCAAACGCCACCACAAUGGUUCUUGACGAGAGGAAGUUCCACGACCCACGCCUUUUCCGACCGGAGCGGUUCCUCCCCAAGCCAUUAGGCGCGGGGGAGGUGCUUUCACCUAGUGUCAUCUUUGGCUGGGGAGGACGCAUCUGCCCCGGUCGCUUCCUAGCUGACCACGCAGUCUGGCUCGCCAUAGCGCGGAUUCUCACCGUUUUCACCAUUUCCAAGAUGAAAGACGAAAAUGGUGAAGAGAUAGAACCUGAUAGAACCUGAGCUUAAAUUUGUCCACGCCAUGACUAGGUAUGCCAACC